AUGGCUACGGUCAACCUUGAUCAUACUGCCGCCACAGUCAACGAGGAGGAAGACCUGCUCAAAUUCGCUCAUGUAAUUGCCGCAGCUUUCUCAAACGACGCCCUCAACCGAUACUUGUUCUUGGGCCGUGAGUCACAUCCAGACCACCCCAAACUGGCACAUUUCGACAACCGAGUGCAGUACUGGCUGCCACACAUCAGAAGUCGCUUCGAGAACGGAGGCAUACUAAUUCAGACUUUCGACUAUGCUGGGGUGGCGCUGUGGCUUCCUCCUGGGGUUGAGAAGCCCGUGACUAGCUCUGCGGCCACCUCUGAAGGCGCUGCCGAGUAUAGGCGGAAAUUCGACGCUCUCAAAAAGAAGUACAUGGGCGAGCGAACCUACUGGUAUCUCAAUCUCAUUGCACGGUCGCCAGCUCGGCUAGAAAAAGCAGGCGCCGUUCGGAAUCUGGUGGAUCCUUUCCUGAAGAAGGCCCGGGAACAAAACGUUCCUGUCUGGCUAGAAGCGACUAACCAGCACGCAAGAGAAGUCUAUACCCAUUUGGGGUUUAAGACGGUCGAGUAUGUGAGAAUAGGCGAGGGAAUUGUCAACGCCGAGGGGUGGGCCCAGCCAGACGGAGAAGGCGUGCUGACGUACGGGAUGGUUGCUGGUCUCUAG